CGUAGAUAUGGCUAUGUACAUACUUUUACUGAAAACAAUAAGCUUUAAGCUCUUGUGCAGUUCGGUCAUAACAUUAGAUUUUUACUUGCCUGGCACUAUCCUUCGGGGAAAACAGGUUAUUCUAACAGUACAAAUCGUCCAUAAACAUUGCCGUCAAGCAGUCAUGCAUAGUUUAUUUUCCUGAAGCACAACGGAAUCUUUCCAAAAAAAUAUGGUGCAAGUAGUAUUCGAUUUUCCAUAAACUGUUUUGCUCAACGAUAAAUCCAAACGUCAAAGUACCAUUAUACUGUCAACAAUGAGUGUUUUAUCAAAAUAUGUUGACCGGAUUGCAGAAAAAUGUGAACAUAAUGGGUUUACGAAACACGCUUUUAGCUAUGCUCUAGUAACUAGUGCUAUACUAGCACUUACCAUUAAAGUUACUAUCCCUUACGUAAGAAACGUAAAUACUACGUGUAGUGUACGGACCCAAAAAGGAAAAACCAAUGACCAACUAUCACCAUCGAAAAGAGAUAGCUCAGAAGAGGAUUUCAAGCUUGCAGAGGCCGAAAAGUUAUUGGUUGCACAGCAACUUAAAAAAAAAACUACAAAUAAUUUAGUUGAGCCUGGUCUAAAUAAGGAGUUUUUAAAACAUUUGCAAAUGUUGGCCAAAAUAAUGAUUCCUCAGGCGUUCUGCUAUGAAACAGGAUUACUAAGCGUUCAUACUUUUUGCUUGAUUUCUCGAACAUUUCUUAGUAUUUAUGUUGCCGCAUUGGAGGGAGCUCUUGUUAAAUUUAUAGUUCGAAAGGAUAUUAAGCAAUUUGCCCUAGUGUUGCUCAAAUGGUUCGGAAUUGCUAUCCCUGCUACUUUCGUUAAUUCUAUGAUACGGUUUCUCGAAAGUAAACUGUCUCUGGCGUUUCGAACUCGGCUUGUGCGUCACUCAUAUCGGCUCUAUUUUAAAAACCAAAAUUACUACAGGGUAUCAAAUUUGGACGGACGCAUUGAAAACGCGGAUCAUAGACUUACGGAAGAUAUUUCUGUGUUCGCAAAUUCUGUAGCUCAUUUGUAUAGUAGCCUGACUAAACCAUGCUUCGAUCUGAUGCUUAUCGGCUUGGCACUAAUGAGAUCUUCUAGAAAAAUGAAAGCUAACAUUAUAACUGGACCAGCCUUAUCAAUCGGUGUUAUUGCUCUUACAGCCCAUAUAUUGAGAAUUGUUUCCCCGAAGUUUGGACAGCUGGUAUCGGAAGAGGCAAAUAGAUAUGGGUAUUUAAGACAUAUACACUCCCGCAUAAUAACAAACGCGGAAGAAAUUGCUUUUUACGGAGGCCAUAAGGUGGAAAUGCAGCAGCUAAGGCAUGCAUACAACCGCCUGGUAAACCAAAUGACUACAAUUUUUAACCAAAAACUUUGGUUUAUAAUGCUUGAACAAUUUUUUAUGAAAUACGUUUGGUCGGGUACUGGAAUGAUUAUGGUAUCACUUCCAAUUUUGACGGGCAGUGACGUAGGACUUGGAACCGUUGCCAACACGGCCAUAUCGGAAUCCCGAGUUAGCGAACGCACGCAAUAUCUAACCACUGCUAGAAAUUUACUAAUUUCCGCAGCAGACGCGAUUGAGCGAUUAAUGUCUUCUUACAAGGAAAUCGUGUCGCUUGCUGGCUACACAUUUAGGGUGGCUGGUAUGAUGGAUGUCUUUGAGGAAACUGCUCUGGGAGUUUAUUGCAAGACAAGUGUAAUGGAAUCCAAUCAGUCGAACGGUAUUAUUAAGUUUCGUAAUGGAAAACCAAUAGCAAAGGGUCGCAUAAUCUAUUCAGAUGAUCCGAAAAAUAUGUCAAUAAACCUUCGUUCAGUGCCAGUGGUGACACCCAAUUGUGAUAUAGUUGUACCAAAACUUACAUUGUGCAUAGAGCCUGGUGUGCACUUGUUAAUAACUGGGCCAAAUGGAUGCGGAAAAUCGAGCUUGUUUAGAAUACUAAGUGGACUUUGGCCUAUAUACGCAGGGGAGUUGCAAAUACCAAGGCCUGUGAAAGACGUCCCAUGUAUGUUUUACAUUCCCCAACGUCCAUAUAUGUCAAUCGGGAGCCUGUGUGAUCAAAUUAUAUACCCUGACACGAGGGAAGAUAUGAAACGCAAGCAUAUAACUGAAAACGAGCUAAGAUCCAUUUUGAAAAUGGUCAGCCUUGAGCACAUCGCUCAAAGGGAUAGCUUUGACGUUGUUCGUGAUUGGAAAGAUAUAUUAUCCGGAGGUGAAAAACAACGUAUGGCGAUAGCCCGAUUGUUUUAUCAUAGACCGCGCUAUGCCCUUCUUGAUGAAUGCACCAGUGCUGUAUCUAUAGAUGUUGAAAGCUCGAUUUAUGAAAUUGCUAAAGGAAUGGGAAUUACUUUGUUAACCAUAACACACAGGCCUACUUUGUGGAAAUAUCACACACAUAUAUUGGAGUUUGACGGUCUAGGAAGCUGGCAGUUUAGAAAAAUGAAUGCUGAUGAAGAACAAAAAGGACAAUUUCUUUCGUAGUACAAACUUGUUUUGGGAAACUGAAGUUUUAAUACCCGUGCAGUUUUGACAUAAAAGUACUUAUCAAGAUCGUGUACACAACAGUAAUAGAAUACAGUCUUCCGAUUUAUUAGCGUUCAUAAAAAUACAAAUUCCACAAAUCGUCAGGCUUUUAAAAUCAUAUAUAUAUAAUUUAAACUGCUUAUAUUUUAUGUUCAAAAUUUAUUUAAACAUUACUAAAAAUAUUUUUUAUGCAUAGGUGUGAGCAAUAUCAAAAAGACUUAAAAUUUUAA